GCGAACUACGCCACACUCUCCACACUCUACGUAGUUCCGGCUGCUACUGCGGCGCAUGGCGGCCCUAGGACAUCCCGCUCGGGAGACUCCGGCGGCCCCAGGCCCAGGUCCCGCCCGCGCGCCAAGCAGCCCCUGGCUCCCUGGACCGCCUCCCGGCGCCCCGAGCCCUUCCACUGUCCCGUCUCAUCCCGUCAGUCCCCGUUCAGAGCACCCCACGCGCGGUGACGCCGCUUGCAGGGCGUGUCCCGGAGGCGGUGCAGCCUCUAGGAAGCAAAAGAAGAAGAAAAGCCGUAACGGGGCCUCUGUGUCUACUGGAGGCGGGAAGGCCUCCGAAAAGCCGGCCCCAGAGGAAGCCCCUCUAAGUGCGGAGGCCCAGGCGGAGCAGCUGGCUCGGGAACUGGCCUGGUGCGUGGAGCAGCUGGAACUGGGCCUCAGGAUGCAGAGACCCAGUCCAAAACAGAAAGAGCAGGCUAUUGGGGCAAUCCGAGCCCUGCGCAACCAAAGAACCCCUCUGCCCCGGAAGAGGCAGCUGAUGCGCUCAUUGUUUGGGGAUUACAGGGCUCAGAUGGAAGCCGAGUGGCGAGAAGUCCUGCGGGCUCUCAAGACUGCAGCCCACUCUGCCCAGGUGCAGCCUGUAGGUGAGGCCAUCAGAAAGAAGAGCGGAAGGGUCUGCAGGCCCCGCCUGGCAAGGGGAACCAAGGCAACUCUGGACGCUACUGAUGAAGAGUUUAGUGAACGGCACUACUGCCCACCCGGUCGAUGAGGUCAGAACCUGGGUCAUCCUUGACUGCUCUUUCUCUAACACAUGUUCAGUACUUCACUGGCAUGUGAGCUCCGUCUGCAGAAUAAAUCUCUGGUAUCCUAUGCUUUGUCUUACUUCACUGCUUGACCCUCUGAUCCUGGCCCUACCUCUCUUUGUUUACUAAAAAUUUUAUUGAGUUUAUAUGGGAGAC